AUGGCAAACGUUUCAUCCGUCAGUGACAUUCUCGAAUUGGAAACAUUGGGCCACCCCGAAUCUUCUACAUAUGCGGUCUUCUUUACAUUGCUAUUUGUCUACAUCGCUCUGCUCAUAACUAACUUUGGUGUACUCAUCAUCAUCAUUAUUGAGAGGAACCUACAUGAACCCAUGUAUUUGCUCUUUUGCAACUUGUCUGUUAAUGAUAUCCUUGGUAACACCAUCCUGCUACCACGUAUGCUCAUUGACAUGCUUUCCAAAACCAGACUGAUGCCGUACAAUCACUGUGUAACACAGGUGUUUUUUAUCCACACCUAUGCCUCGGCCUCACACACCAUACUGCUUGUUGGCCUAAGUGUCAGACUGUCCCGUUGUCGAUCGCUCGUUCCUAAUUUUUAUUGUGACAACGCGUCCCUGUUCAAGCUGUCCUGUGAUGAUGUGUCCAUUAAUAAUAUCUACGGGCUGUUUUACACCGUGGUGUUGUUCUCCUCAUCUAUGGGUACCGUUGCCGUCACGUACACUAAGAUUGCCGUCACCUGCUGGACAAAGAAAAGUGCAGAGCUCAACAGCAAAGCCAUUCAAACCUGUGCAAGCCACUUGGUGUUGUAUCUGAUCAUGUUAUUUACUGGCUUUACAAUAAUCAUUGUUCAUCGCUUCCCGGAGGAAAGAUUUUUGAGAAAAUUAAUGGCUUUGCUUUUCCAUCUUGUACCGGCAAAUUUCAAUCCAAUUAUCUAUGGCCUACAGACUAAACAUUUGAGGCAAAAGAUUUUGCAAGUAUUUGGUGUAAAAGUCACACUCAGCUAG